CCAAUCUCAGUAUCUGUACGCAGGCAAAUGGACCCCCGAAAGCGACGCUAUACUCUGCGAUAGUUUGGUCAGGCUGAAGAAGGAGACAGGCUGGCUUAUAAAGUAGUACCCUAGCUAUUUUUUGGCAAACAAAUCGAGGACAAAUUGGUUGUGCAGUUCGAUGAAUUCGAGCGGGUAGAUUCACUGCAUACGCGCUACCUCACGUUCAAGGAACUAUGCAAGCAAAAGGGCGUCCAAUGGGUCCUGAGACACGAUCUGUAAUCGCUCCCGACUGUUUGUGGGAGAAGAUAUGUAAGAAAAAUUAUCUCGCGGGCGCCUACUACUACAACGAUGAGCCCGAAUACACUCAGCGAGCAUGCCUAUUUGGGAUUGGCGAUAUUAAGUUAGAGCCUGAGAAUGAGGUGAUCAUCAUCUCGGACACUACUGAGAAACUCUCAUCAGAGCAGCCUAGUUGCUACGAGGUGCCGGAUGGAAAUGAGGAAGUGAACUCGCCCAAUGUCAUCCCACCAGCCAAUGUCCGCCGCAAGUUGUUUGUCGACUUAGACGGACCCUCGGACAGGGAGUCAACAACUGAGCCGGACAUAUAUUUCAUUGACGUAGGGCCGGAUUGAAAGCUCCGUACGAGACUAGAGAAAGGCCGGGUGCUACCUAAGGAUCAUCCAAUGAAGGAGUCUAAUGUGAAGAAAUUUGACCUUGCAUCGAACGCAAGCUCCAACGGUUCCAACUCACCACUAGGGCGGUGGCCACACCUUCAUAAAUGAAUGCAUGAAUUGUAUGGUGAGGCACAAUGCAGUCCCGAUGGUGCACUCAUUAUAUAUCAACGGUCUUUGAUGCUAUUCCUUCGUGGACUGUAAUGGUAUUUUGGCUUGUAAAUUUAACCGUAAUAUGGUUGUGGUAGUUUAUAUGUACUAGAUUAUGUGGAUCGCCUACCCUCUUUUCAAUUCUUCUCGGCUAAAGUGACAGGGUAGUAGACUUUGUUGGGUAUGAAUCAUUUUGGCUCCGACUCUUUGUAGCAUCUGUCUCCAGAUGAAGAAUUUGUCUGAAUGAAAGUAAUCAUGGUAUGUGCUUAA